GGGCCCGUUUCCGGGUAUGGUGAGCGCGCAUGCGUACGCGGGCAGACUGGGGCCAGUUUAGGGCCAGGUGAACGCGGAAGUACAGGACGUGAGGGUUUGCUGGCUGCUCCGACAGUGGUGGGGCAACUGGUGCGAGAUGGAGGACGGCGCAGCUGCGGAAGAUGGUCGGGACGGUCCCCGGGAGCGGCUAGGCUUGGGUGAAGCAGGGAGGCAGCAGCAGAACCACGAAGUGCGGUCUCAAUCCCGGGCCGACCGGUUUCCAAAGCAUUCCUACUGGUUGGAUCUCUGGCUCUUCAUCCUCUUCGAUGUAGUGUUGUUUAUCUUCGUGUAUCUUUUACCAUGAAUUGUUUGCCUGAUGUCUAGAUUAAGAAGUUGGCUCCUGGAGUGGAUUCUGAAAAUGACUACAAACUUCUUGAACAAAGAAGACAGGAUUGUGCAACAGAAUUUUAAACUCUGAGGGACUUUCUUCCAUUUUACAUACUCUUGCUAUUCCUUUUGGGGACUAUAUUAAAUGGGUAAUCUCACCCAUUCGUAGCUAAGUUCUUAAAACUACUCUUUGAUUCAUGUUUAAAAACUUUUCAGACAUCUGAUGGCUUUAUAGGGGCUGAAUAUUAAAGCAUUUAUACGUAAAGGUUUAAUGUAUUCAUUAACAAAUAUGGUAAUGUCUUCCCUUUAACAUUUUAAGGAUUAGCCAGGGUUUAGUAUGAUGCAAAAAUGUGGUGAAAUAUUAAGGUGAAGUAUUUAAAAAUAAAUUACUCAAAAGCAAAGGAAGAAAAAGGAGUUAAGAGCUGUACAGAAAGUGCAGGCCCAAAAUGUAUUGGCUGUUAAGUACCAGUUUAAUUUUUAGAUUAAGUGGGCCUCUGUUAUGGUCGCCAGAUUGAUACAAUCUCAGAGGAAGUAUAUAAUAUCCAACUUUGGAAAUCUAGUGUGCAUGUCCUCUUACCUGGAUGCUUCCCCUUGCUUCCUUUUAAGUUCCUGAACUUCCCUAAAAUAGGACUGUGUUUGAAACCUAUUUUUUAUAAUUGUGAUUGUAUUAAGAAUGCUUGUAGCUAAAAUAUAUUUUUGUUUUUA